AUGAGGCGUGAGGGGGAGAUGAGCGCCUGGGGGUCACGUGCUCGAAGGUCUCCAUCCUGCCGGAUCUGCCCGUCUCCUCUCCCCGGGGAGGCGGGAAGUGACUCCUUUCACCAGGCCCCUGGGAACCUGUUUGCUGUGUCCGAUAAAGCAUCUAAAGGAAGCAGUCCUCCGGCCCCGCCCAGCCCUCCCUAUGCAGCGUGGUCCUCGCGGGCCCCCCAGCGGAACCAGCCGGAAGCGGCCUGCGCUUUCUGUGCGGCGCUCCGGCUGUCCCACAGUGCGCACGCGCAGACCGCACGUUGCGCGUGCGUCGCGGGUUUGCGCGGCAAGUCCGAGGUGGAGAGGUUCAGUCAGGCGAGGGUGUCCGCCUGCGAGGUGAGCGCGCGGCGGCCCGGGUCCGGACGCGAGGGAGGGGACCUGGAGGCGAGAGGCCGGCUCGCGGGCAGGGAGGCGCGGGCGUCCCUGAGAGGACGCCGGGCGGACGCGCCCCUUCGCGGGGCAGUCUAUGGGAAGGGAGGCGCGAAGUAG